AAGUCUCUAUCCGCCUCGUCGUCUUCUUCUUUCCCCGCGAGAGCGAGAGGCCACGCACAGGGGAAGAGUGUGGAAGCAGCAGCCGCGGCCAUGGCAAGCGGCGCCGGUGGGAGGGACCUGCUCGUCGCCUCCGAGAUCCACGGCUUCCUCACCUGCGCAGACUUGAACUUUGAGAAGCUGAUGGUGGAAGCGGCCACGCGCUGGUUCCGGCCAAAUGAGAUCUAUGCAGUGCUGGCGAACCACGCGAGGCUCAAGGUCCGUGCGCAGCCCAUCGACAAGCCCGUGAGUGGUACUGUUAUUCUAUAUGACCGUAAAGUGGUUAGAAACUUCCGUAAGGAUGGCCAUAAUUGGAAGAAAAAGAAGGAUGGCAAGACUGUCCAAGAAGCCCAUGAAAAAUUAAAGAUCGGUAAUGAAGAAAAGGUUCAUGUCUAUUAUGCUCGAGGUGAUGAUGAUCCAAAUUUCUUUCGUAGAUGCUACUGGUUGCUUGACAAAGAGUUGGAGCGCAUAGUUCUUGUGCAUUAUCGUCAAACAUCUGAGGAAAAUGCCAUACCACCUCCAAACACAGGAACUGAAGUUGCUCAAGUGGCUCCUAUCAAUAUGAUUCAUUUCACCUCUCCUCUGACUUCAACAGAUUUGGCCCCUGCUCGUACCGAGCAAUCUUGCGAUUCCGCUGCACCAGAAGAAAUUAACUCACAUGGUGGUGGAGCGAUUUCUAGUGAAACUGAUGAUCAUGAUUCUAGACUGGAGUUAUUUUGGGCAGAUCUAUUGGAGUCAUCUAUGAAAAAUGAUGCUUCUGUUUCUGGUGAAUCUUUGGCAUCCAAUCAGCUGGCUAAAUAUGAGAUGAGGGAUUCUGGAAAUAAUAUCUGGAAUACCAAUGCCACAAGUAAUGUUAUCUUUUCUCCACCAGCUAAUGUAAUUUCAGAAGCUUAUGCUACUAAUCCUGGCCACAAUCAAGUAUCUGAGAGUUACUUUGGAGCUCUGAAACAUCAGGCAGACCAAUCUCCAUCUCUUUUAACAUCAGAUCUGGAUUCUCAAUCGAAGCAUCUUGCAAGUUCUUUGUUGAAAACUCCAGUGGAUGGUGGUAACAUUCCUAAUGAUGUGCCUCCCAGGCAGAACAGUCUUGGACUAUGGAAGUACUUGAAUGAUGAUAUUCCUUGUUUAGGGGAUAAUCCAAGCUCAGCUAUACUCACCACGCAACCAGUGACCAACGAAAGACUCUUUCACAUCACUGAGAUCUCCCCAGAAUGGGCUUAUUGUACAGAGGAUACGAAGGUCCUGGUGGUUGGAUAUUUUCAUGCGCGCUACAGGCAUUUGACUGAGACCAGUCUCCACUGUGUCAUUGGUGACAAAUGCGUUGCUGCAGACAUUGUUCAAUCUGGCGUUUACCGUUUCAUGGCUAGACCACAUACACCUGGACAAGUGAAUCUUUAUUUGACUUUGGAUGGGAAAAUACCGAUCAGCGAGGUUUUGAGUUUUGAUUAUCGUAUAAUGCCUAGCAGUUCAUCGAAUACUGAGUUGAGCUCGGUUGAGGAUGAGCCCAAAAGGUCAAAGCUUCAGAUGCAGAUGAGACUAGCUCGUUUGUUGUUCUCUACAAACAAGAAAAAGAUACCACCAAAGUUGCUUGUAGAAGGUAGCAAAGUUUCCAAUCUCUUAUCAGCAUUGGCAGAGAAGGAAUGGAUGGAUCUGUUUAAAUUUAUUACUGAUUCUAAAGGCCCUUAUGUUCCUGCCACUGAGGGCUUGCUUGAACUGAUGUUGCGAAAUAGAUUGCAAGAGUGGCUUAUUGAAAAUGUAAUUGAAGGCCAUAAGGCAACAGGCCGUGAUGAUCUAGGACAAGGACCUAUCCAUCUGUGUUCUUUCUUAGGCUAUACUUGGGCCAUUCGCUUAUUUUCUUUGUCAGGAUUUUCCUUGGAUUUUCGUGAUUCUUCUGGUUGGACAGCUCUGCACUGGGCUGCAUACUAUGGGAGGGAGAAAAUGGUUGCUGCUCUUUUGUCUGCUGGAGCAAAUCCAAGCUUGGUUACUGAUCCUACUCAUGAGGAUCCUGGUGGAUACACUGCUGCUGAUCUGGCGGCAAGACAAGGUUAUGAUGGCUUAGCUGCAUAUCUUGCUGAGAAAGGGUUGACUGCUCAUUUUGAGGCAAUGUCACUGUCCAAGGAUACUGGGCGAUCACCAAGGACACAAUCAACAAAACUACAAACCAAGGAAUUUGAAACCCUUAGUGAACAAGAACUUUGCUUACGAGAAUCUUUAGCAGCCUACCGUAAUGCUGCUGAUGCUGCCAGCAAUAUCCAAGCUGCACUCAGGGAGCGAACUCUUAAGCUCCAAACAAAAGCAAUUCAAUUGGCCAAUCCCGAGACUGAAGCAGCUGCAAUAGUUGCUGCUAUGAGGAUUCAGCAUGCAUUCCGGAACCACAAUAGAAAAAAAAUGAUGAGAGCUGCUGUGCGGAUACAGAGUCAUUUCCGCACAUGGAAGAUAAGGAGGGACUUCAUGAACAUACGAAGACAAGCUAUCAAAAUACAAGCUGCAUACCGAGGUCACCAAGUGAGAAGGCAGUACCGCAAGGUAAUAUGGUCUGUUGGAGUCGUGGAGAAAGCUAUCUUGCGAUGGAGGAAGAAGAGAAAAGGCUUGCGUGGCAUUGCAACUGGAAUGCCAGUCGCAAUGGCUACGGAUGCAGAACCGGAAAGCACCGCGGAAGAGGAUUACUACCAGGUCGGCCGGCAACAAGCUGAGGACAGGUUCAAUAGAUCAGUGGUACGUGUACAAGCUCUGUUCCGUUCUUAUCAGGCGCAACAGGAGUACCGGAGAAUGAAGGUUGCACAUGAGGAGGCCAAGGUGGAGUUCAGUGGAAACUAGUAGUUUGGACGGGCAUGCCGGAGCUUAAGAGGCUUGUAGGGAUUGCUAGUUCUAAUUCUUCUCUUGUACAUUUGGAGGAACAACCGUAGCUUGCUGAUGCUGUGCAUUUUAGGACCAUCUGAUGCUUUCGGUCAGUCUGGCAAUGUAUCUACUGUCGGCCUGUUACUAUGGUGUGCAUUUGGCUGGUUUUAGUUGGGCGAAAAUGGCAUGUGCUUGUAGGUCUGGUUUAUGUACAUGCAAGUGCAAAUAAACUUGGUUGGAAAUGGUAAUAAGCCCAGUGACCAAGAGGUCAUUUUACCCUGA